AUGUCGACUAAACUGCAGGUCUCGAAGGCGGUGACCAAGAAAAACACAGCCACGGGUGGCCCCGUGCAAAGUCCAGGCAAGGUGCAGAAUGGUACGAAGAAGAAGAGCACGGAGGCUGCACCCAAACCCCGGACAUCUAGCGGUGACGGCCCUCCUGGUGGCGAGGUUCGCAAGUCCAGCCGCCCUCGAAAGGCGAAAGUGUGGUUUGAGGAAGGGGCGGAUGCUACCGAAGAAGGUGCUGAUCCUGUUAAGUAUGUCGGGAACAACCUUGAUGGCGAGGAUGUGGACAACCAGAAACACGAGGACGAAGCUGAGGCCAACGGCAAGUCGGGUGACGUGGGCGAAAACGAGGUGGACGAGGCAGUAGACGAGGCCGGCGACGAGCCGGAAGAGGAAGACUUGGCGGAGGACGAUGCUGAAGAGAAGGCGGAUGAAGAGGAGGGUGACGAGGCGGAGGAAGAGGAGGGUGACGAGGCGGAGGAAGAGGAGGGUGACGAGGCAGAGGAAGAGGAGGGUGACGAGGCGGAGGAAGAGGAGGAUGAUGAGGCGGAGGAAGAGCAGGAUGACGAGGUGGAGGAAGAGGAGGACGAGGAGUCUGAGGAAGGGCAGGGGGAUGAGGACGAGGCUGAGAAGGGAAGUGAGAAAGGCGAUUCGGCGGAAGUGGGGGAAGGUGCGGAUGCGCACAAGCCUCAAAUCACAAGAAAGGGUAGCUUUGACGAGAUGCUGGAAGAGCAGGGUGACGCUGAUGACGAAGACAUGGAGGAUGAGGCUGUGGCUGAGGAACGUGCUAUGCUGCUUGGGAAGCUGAAGGCACUCGAUGAGAUCAAGGAACCCGUUGUCAGCUCGAAGCCUGCUAGAAAGGGUGUGAAACGUCUUCCGCGUUCAGAACCCUCUAAGGUUCCUGCUAAGCCACCGCGAGGGAAAGAUGCAGUCACAUCGGCUAAGGGAAAGGAUAAAGUUCUGGCGACCGAUAGUAUUCUCGGUGGGAAGUCGAAACGGGAGUUCGCCUUGGUGGUUGGCGGUGCGCAGAAAAAGCAGAACACCGGUGAAGUGUCGGCCAAACCGAAGUCAACUCCUACGGCAGCAGGCGCUGGGACCAGCGGGGGAAAGGCCAAGGCAGGCGCUGGGGCAAGCGGGGUAAAGGCCAAGGCAGGCGCUGGGGCAAGCGGGGUAAAGGCCAAGGCAGGCGCUGGGACCAGCGGGGUAAAGGCCAAGGCAGGCGCUGGGACCAGCGGCGUAAAGGCCAAGGCAGGCGCUGGGGCUAAACCGACCUCUAAGGAGGCCAACACAAAAACCAAAGGUCAGACUUUUGCCGCAUUGUAUAGCACUGCGGGAUGGUACCACUUUUUAUUCGUGGCAUGCUUGCUGAUGUCACGUCGCUUUCCAUCCUUCCCUGCCGUCGCUUUCCUCCCAUCCAUGCCGUCACCGUCAUCCCAUCCCUGCCGUCACCUUCAUCCCAUCCCUGCCGUCCCCUUCAUCCCAUCCCUGCCGUCACCUUCAUCCCAUCCCUGCCGUCACCUUCAUCCCAUCCCUGCCGUCACAUUCAUCCCAUCCCUGCCGUCCCCAUCAUCCCAUCCCUGCCGUCCCCUUCAACCCAUCCCUGCCGUCACCUCUGACCCGUCUCUCAGUCACCUUUCCUCCAUCUCUUCCGUCCCGUAUACAAUCAACAGCUCCCAAUCAGUACUCUGGAGCUGCACCACCGGUGAAGGCCUAGGGAGGCAUAGGGUGGUGAGGCUUUACCUAAACCCCAACUCCCCUCUGCUUGCCUGCCCACUCUCCCCUCAACCCGAAACCACACCUGCUACCCUAAAUACAGGCCUAGGGAGGCAUAGGGAGGUGAGGCUUUACCUAAACCCCAACUCCCCUCUACCUGCCUGCCCACUCUGCCCUCAACCCGAAACCCCACCUGCUACCCUAAAUCCAGGCCUAGGGAGGUUUAGGGAGGUGAUGCUUUACCUAAACCCCAACUCCCCUCUGCUUGCCUGCCCACUCUCCCCUCAACCCCAAACCCCACUUGCUUCCCCUUCCAGGCAUAGGGAGGUGAGGCUUUACCUAAACCCCAACUCCCCUCUGCUUGCCUGCCCACUCUCCCCUCAACCCCAAACCCCACUUGCUUCCCCUUCCAGGCAUAGGGAGGUGAGGCUUUACCUAAACCCCAACUCCCCUCUGCUUGCCUGCCCACUCUCCCCUCAACCCCAAACCCCGCUUGCUUCCCCAUCCAGGCAUAGGGAGGUGAGGCUUUACCUAAACCCCAACUCCCCUCUACCUGCCUGCCCACUCUGCCCUCAACCCGAAACCCCACCUGCUACCCUAAAUCCAGGCCUAGGGAGGCAUAGGGAGGUGAGGCUUUACCUAAACCCCAACUCCCCUUUGCUUGCCUCCCCACUCUCCCCUCAACCCCAAACCCCACUUGCUUCCCCAUCCAGGCAUAGGGAGGUGAGGCUUUACCUUAACCCCAACUCCCCUCUUGCUUGCCUGCCCACUCUCCCCUCAACCCGAAACCCCACCUGCUACCCUAAAUACAGGCCUAGGGAGGUUCUGGCCUCGUUGCGUGCGCUCUUUCAGCACAACGAUGCCAGCACCAGAGGGGUCUUUUUCGAGCAGCUGUCCUCAACUAGGACUUCUAUCAACGGCUGGAUGAGAAAGGUGGCACUCACGGCGUUGGGUCGGCAGGCGAACAAGUGCUACUUGGGGAGGUUACCAGCAGAUCUGCUUGCCCCACUCGAGUUCUACACGGAUGAGGAGCUCAUUGCACGUUACAAGGAUGGGGAGAGGGGGCUGGCAUGGCAUCGGGAGCUCCUCAUCCCUUUCGGCAGCCUCAUCUUCUCGGUGUCCAUCAAGUUGGCUUUGGCGCGUCGUGGGGUCAAUUCUGAGAAGAUUAAGACCCGCCAGCUGGGUUGGAUCCUAUAUGCGUUUGAGUGGCCAAUCCUCAACAACGCGCCUGAUGGGAAGUUGAGUGGCAAGUGGGAGUACAAUCGGAUCCAGUACGAGGAGAUGUGCACCCGUGUGAAGCGGGAGGUCGAGAUCGCUGUCAUUGACCAUGGUGUCCCAUACGCCAAAAACACGAACACAUUCAACUUCCCCAACGGCGUCUACAUCGACGCGUCUGACAUGGAGACCCUUGUCAGCAGGGUGCAGGUAACAUUGCUGAAUUCCUCCCAUCUCAUCCGUCCCCUUCCUCCCAUCUCAUCCGUCCCCUUCCUCCCAUCUCAUCCGUCCCCUUCUUCCCAUCUCAUCCCUCCCCCCUCUUCCCAUCUCAUCCGUCCCCUUCCUCCCAUCUCAUCCGUCCCCUUCCUCCCAUCUCAUCCGUCCCCUUCUUCCCAUCUCAUCCGUCCCCUUCUUCCCUUCUCAUCCGUCCCCUUCCUCCUAUCUCAUCCGUCCCCUUCCUUCCAUCCCCUUCCGUCCCCUAUGCCUCUUUGCACAGGCUGCACGACCUGCACCAGCCCGGGUUGUCACCCCAAACCCGUAAUCACGGAGGUUAGCAGCAGCACUAGGGGGAUCGGUGCAGGGCGUAGCAGUGGCAGUAGCAACCUGCAGGAGCAGCACGGAGACAGGGGCGUAGCAGUGGCAGUAACAACUAGUAGCCGCAGCAUGGGGACAUGCGGAGCAGCAGUGGCAGCAACGGGACAGGUGCGGAGCAGCAGCGGCAGCAUGGGGACAGGUGCUGAGCAGCAGGGGCAGCAGGGGGACAGGUGCGGAGCAGCAGGGGCAGCAGGGGGACAGGUGCGGAGCAGCAGUGGCAGCAUCGGGACAGGUGCGGAGCAGCAGUGGCAGCAUGGGGACAGGUGCGGAGCAGCAGUGGCAGCAUGGGGACAGGUGUGGAGCAGCAGGGGCAGCAUGGGGACAGGUGCGGAGCAGCAGUGGCAGCAUGGGGACAGUAUUUAUCUCCUCAUUAACUACCAACAUCCAGAUGACUCGAACCAAGCGUACUUUCCAAAGCUUGUCGUGGUCAUUGGUCUUACGCUUGCACAGCUUUCAGUUCUCAUGCUUCCUGCGGACGUUUCGAACCGGCAAAGCUGCAUUAAUGGCUUUGUGAACGGAGAUUGCUCUGAGACUUUACCCAUGAGAACUCUGUGGUACAUCCUUUGGAUUGCUAUGUGCGUCAUGGUCUUCGUCAUCAUCCCUUUUUCCAUCUUUUUGUACGAAGGCGAUGAAGAAAAGGGUACCGGGAAACGGGUAUUGCUCGCGGUCUUGUGGUGUCUUCUAUCAGUGUUUGUGUUCGGGGGACUCCUUGGAAUUCUUUAUGGAUUCGUUGGUUACGUGGAGUAUCCUGUAAAGAGGCUGGUCUCUGCGACUAUUCCCAUGACGAACGACUUUAGCUCGCUUGGCAGUCAGGCUUCCUGUGUUUCCUUGUAUAAUACUGGUCUGGGCGCGUGUUCUUCUUAUGCUUCUCCUCAAGGAUCCAAGACCACGUGGACACUGAGGGUCUCGUUUCCGAAGUACAUUAUUGCAUUAUUUACAAUACUGGGGUCUCUCUUAUUCUCAAUUUUUGGUGGUGUUGGCAUAGCCGUCUUGCCACUUUCAUCUAUUCUUUCCUUUCUAAGGCGUCCAAGAGCCACAAUAACUCGCUCGGAGUACAUCAAGGAAGCCACAGCAAUUGGGAAAAAAGCCAAGGAGAUACAUGAACUUGCUGUUACUCUUCAGCAGGAGGAGAGAAGUGGCGGUAAAACUUGGGCAUGGAGACGAAAUGCAAAGAAGUUGCAGCAGGCUCUUUUUCAUUUGGAAGAGGAGGAAGCUGAGCUUCGAGAAAGAUUUCCCCAAGGAGAAGAAGCAGAGAUGUUCUGGGCUAUGACAGUACUUGUCUACAUUGGGAAACUAAUAUUUGGAGUCAUUGGGCUUGCCAUUUCUGUUGCUUGGAUUGUGCAUAUAAUCCUAUAUAUGCUCAUACAACCACCAGCGUCGGCUUUCCUGAACGAUUUUUUUGUAACCCUCGACCGGUGGUGGGGACUGCUCGGAACAGGGGCAUUUUCAAUUUUUUGCUUUUACCUCUUCCUGGCUGUAAUUUCGGGGGAGAUGUACCUUGGUCUCAACAUUCUGAUCCUUUCAAUUCAUCCCAUGAGGUGGAGUGCUACCCUCAUGAGUUCGUUCUUAUUUAACGUGGCCCUCAUACUUUGCUGUGCAACGAGUGCAAUACAAUUUUGUGCUAAGGCCUUUGCUGCAUAUGCACAAGAAACAGCAGUGCAGGAGAUAUUCGGUCAUACGCUAGAAAAUCUUCAAGGCAUACGCUACCUAUACGUGUUUAACUUGUUCCAGUACAUAUUCAUUGUCAUGUUUGUUGUGACAUUCAUUUACUUCUUGGCUGUGGUAAGUGCCGGACCAUUUCUCAACCAUUCCAACCGCAUGCCUUGUUUGUGUGCGGCUAGAGUGCUGGGAGUGCAUUGCAGCAGUAUGGUUGAACUGCGGUACCGAGUGCUUGCAGGAACAGAAGCGAUGGAAAAGAAAAGGAAAGAAGCGAGCCCAUACUUCAACAUGAAGCUGGGCUGA